GCAGCAUCCGUCCUUCUAUCCGGCCAAGACGCAUAUGAGCUGCCUGCAUAUAUAUAUAUACCAGCUGCAAAAUGCGUGGAUACAUUUUUUUUACACCUUAAAAACAGGAUAACAGUAUUGCAUUCGAAUUUGGCAGUUUACAGCGCUUGCAUCGUGUCUUUUUUCCGUGUAAUAGUAUCUGUGAAGGAUAGAUUCAUCGUUAUUCACCGUCUCCGCGCGCCAUUGACGCGCUCCGGAUCUGUGGGAGAGCGGCGCAAACGCGCGCGCGCGCGCGAGAGACGGAAUCAAUUGAACGCACGAAAAAAACGAAGAGCGGAGGGAAAAGAUAAUUAGAAUGAAGAUCCAUCGGGGCAAGGAAAAAAAGGAUUAGAGGUUGCCACAUGGUUAAGAUCUUCAACAUGCAUCUUUAGAAGAAGAGGAUCCGGAGAAUGUCAUGGACGCAUAAGGGGAAAACGUAAGCAAGGCCAGGCUGACUGAGAUGUUUCUGAUGGAAAGCAGAAGACUACCGUAGCAGCAUCCAGCACUGUUAACAUCUGUGUGGAGUGCACUUUGAUGCCACAACCUGAUUCCAUAACAAAAAGGGGCAGGACAUGACUCAGUUGCCAUGCAGGCUGCUAUAACAGGCCUUUUCAGCCCCUCCCCCCUCGUCUGGUUGGUCCAGCUGUUGUUGUGGCCACACCUCCUUGGACCUAGAUUGGCCGAGGCCAGUCCAGCCUGCCCUGCUCCCUGUAGCUGUUCCAAUCAAGCCAGUCGAGUGAUCUGUACAAGAAAAGGCAUAAAUGAUGUUCCACCGAGUAUCUCGUCUAAUACUAGAUACCUCAAUCUGCAGGAGAACUCCAUACAGGUGAUUAGAUCAGACACCUUCAAGCACCUCAGUCACCUGGAAAUUUUGCAGUUGUCUAAGAACCAAAUUCGUCAAAUUGAGGUGGGAGCAUUUAAUGGCCUUCCAAAUCUUAUCACCCUGGAGCUGUUUGACAACAGACUACCGCUGGUUCCGUCCCAGGCGUUUGAGUACCUGAGCAAACUACGUGAACUCUGGCUGAGAAACAACCCCAUAGAAACACUCCCAGCGUACGCCUUCCACCGCGUGCCGUCACUACGGAGGCUAGACCUUGGCGAGUUGCGCAAACUCGGCUUCAUCUCGGAGGCCGCAUUUGAAGGUCUGGUGAACCUACGUUUCCUGAAUCUGGGCAUGUGUGGGCUGAAGGACGUACCCAAAUUGACACCCCUUGUGCGACUAGAGGAACUGGAGCUAUCGGGCAACCAACUGGGCAUAGUGCGGCCUGGAUCGUUCCAGGGUCUCGUGUCUCUACGUAAACUGUGGCUCAUGCACUCUCGGAUCUCCGUCAUCGAGCGCAAUGCCUUUGAUGACCUCAAAAACCUGGAGGAGUUAAAUCUAUCUCAUAACACUUUACACUCAUUGCCCCACGAUCUGUUCACACCACUGCAGCAGUUAGAACGUGUCCACCUGAACCACAACCCUUGGGUCUGCAACUGCGAUGUUCUGUGGUUGAGCUGGUGGCUCAAAGAAACCGUGCCUGAUAAUUCCACUUGUUGUGCACGUUGCCACGCCCCACCUGGCACUAAGGGCAGGUACAUUGGAGACCUUGAUCAGCGAGACUUCACCUGCUAUGCACCUGUGAUUGUGGAACCACCAACUGACCUCAACGUGACAGAAGGAAUGGCAGCUGAGCUGAAAUGCCGUACAGGGACAUCUAUGACUUCUGUUAACUGGCUGACCCCUAAUGGAACCUUGAUGACUCAUGGUGCAUACAAGGUCAGAAUCUCUGUCCUGCAUGAUGGAACCCUGAAUUUUACCAAUGUGACCAUGCAAGACACAGGUCCAUACACAUGUAUGGUGACCAACUCGGCCGGCAACACCACGGCAACAGCUGUGUUGAAUGUCUCAGCACCUGACCCAGGCAAUGGCUACAGCUACUUCACAACUGUUACCGUUGAAACUUUAGAGACGGUGCAAGAUGUACACGAUUCGGCACGGCAGUUUGUCAAUGAGACCUUUAUUAGUGUUCCAGGACCAACGGCCGCAUCUGCCUCAGCAGGCCCUACCGGCUCGAUGCUCUCCUCCUUGUCACCACGAACUACUCGUGCACCGGACCACCCGUUCACAGUCUCCAUUACAGAUGUCGCUAACCUGUCAGGUCUUGAGGAUGUAAUGAAAACGACCAAGAUCAUCAUUGGCUGCUUUGUGGCCAUCACCUUCAUGGCCGCCGUGAUGUUGGUUGUCUUCUACAAGCUUCGUAAACAGCACCAGCUACACAAACAUCACGGUCCAGCCAGAGCCAUCGAGAUCAUCAAUGUUGAAGAUGAGAUCGGAUCUGGUGGAGCAAGUGGCAUCACAGGAGGAGGUACCAUCCAUAGGGGGGCCGGAACAGGUGGAGGGGGGCAGAGUCCUAGGAUCCAUGACCCAGAGAUCAUGAUCCUGCCCAGUGUCGGGCAAACAGAGCACCUAAACCACUACUAUAAAGCGCAUCACUUCAACAACAAUGUUCUGGGGUUAAACAUGGGAACUGGGAUGCUUAACAACAAACCCAACCCUUCCUCCCAGAAUCAGGCUCCAACCAUGAAAUUGGUGACCGCAUCUGGUGACAACUCCAAACCUGGAUCAACCUCACCUCCCCUGCCAAUUCCCAUCCCCAUGGCGAUGACCUUCCAUGGAACCCUGAAAGGCCUUAGUCAUGUUCCCAAUAUGCAGACUGAGCCACUGUUGCUAUCGAAUGGCUCCAAGGAAAGUGUCCAGGAGACCCAGAUCUGAUUAUUUACCAACACAUGCACACUCAGAAAGGAAAGUAGACUGGAUUUUACACCAGAGUGAUUGUCAAAUGCUGAAGUCAACAGCCUUUGAUAUAUUGGAACUCCUUUCCAAAAGAUUCUAUGGAAUAUUCUGUUCAAAUGAUCAAAGAGACGAGUUUUUGCUGAUGAGGUGGACAUGAUGGCGCUACUGAGUACAUACAGUACGUGCCAAAGCAGCGUCCUUUUUUGCAGUUCCUAUGAGUUGUGUCAGCGUAUUAAAAUAUAGUCUAUAUUAAAGUAGUGUAAUUACAUAUGUGUUGGUUUUCCAUAGCCCAGCGACACCGAGUACACACUCACGCCAUUGUACAGCAGCGAACAGACCUGUAUAAAAGCAUACACACAUUUACACUUACCAGAGGUUGACAUCAUUAUUCAUCUUACUCACCUCAGUAGGUAGUGUACCUGUGUGUGUGUGUGGGUUUGUUUAAGUAUAAGCUCAGAAAUAAAGACUUAAAUUGCUGUGAUCCAGAACACAUGUUCACUUUGCUUCAUGACGACAUUCUGAAUCUAGCACAAGUGAGGAUUCGUUCAUAAGCUCAUUGAAUUCAGAACUUUGAAAGAUGCCAAUUUCAGGGUGACAUACACUUUCAUAAUACCUAGAGAGGAAAGAGAGAAGACGCCUUUUCUUGUGAACAAUAAGAGUUAUGUGCAACACAUCUUUUGGCUGCUGUGUCACACUGUUUGCAGCAAGGGUGCCGUAGUAUGUACCUCCCAACAAGCCGCCCAAGAGCAAAUCUCUCUGCGUGUCUUCAUGUUUGGAGAGAUUGUAAGUGUCAUAUCUCAGUCUUUAUUGCCUGUCAGUGCUGAGUUAAAGAGUAACAGCACUGUGUAAGGGCUAUUUCGCUGGCAUUGGGUGAUUUUUAAUGUGUAGAGUGUCGCCAAAUGUUUCUUGUCUAAAAGUCAACGAAAGAUGAUGUUCACAAGUUCUCAACCAUAAUAACUAACGUUAUCGGCUAUAUGGUGAAACAAGAUAUUAACUGAGAACAAAAUGAUAUGGGAUUUUAUUUCAUCCAAUGGGAAUUGAUUGGGUCAUGAAAAGUGGGCGUUCCAAACCGGAAUGGCUAAAUGGGCUGGGGUUGAAAAAGUAAGAGGGAUUUGUGACAUCAGCCAAAAGGAAAGUUGUUUUAGAGUAAGUUAUUACAUUUUACAACAUUCAUUGACAUCAAUUUUGUUUUACUGUUGACCUAAGCUCUAUUAAAGCUUUCAAAAAUGCUGGGAUACACAGCGCAGUACUCGCUUGUCGUAGCUGAUCUGGGCAGAAUUUUGCAGUUGUGGGACAAUUUUAGAUUUUUAAAAGUGUGAGAAUGAAAUACCUAAUGUCCAAUUUUUUUCUGAUGAAAGAUUUUGCAAUAUGAAAUGUAAUCUACGUAAAGAUUUUCAAGUAUAAAGUUUAUAGUCCGGGGACAUGGCAGUGUUUCAGCAUCAGGGUAAAGGGAAUUGGGAUUACCUUUCUUGGGCCACUUAAAAUGUAAUGUUAGCCAUCCAUUGAGGGAACUUGUAAGCCUCGUUUUCGAAGAAUGUUUUCUUGGAAAUUAUUUGCAACCUGGCAAGUCCUUCCCGGGAGCCAUACAAUAACUUCAAAAAGUCACUGCUGACUACGUAAAACGUGAUAUUGAGCAAGUUUUUCAUCCUUGAAUGGCUUUGAAGUUGUAUAUUAACAAUGUGCAAUGUGCCAUUAACUGAAGUAGAGUACACAUGCGUGUAUCAUUGUAAUUGCUGCAUUAAACUUUACCCAGUUUUUAAUUUCCAAUUCAUCACUAUCUUUUUAUAUGAUGUUGUUAAAAUUGAUUCAUCCUUUUAAAAAUGGUGGGAACUUUCAUAAAUGAAAUUGGAUUGAAUUUGAUCAAUUGGGGAGAAGUCUCUGUUUCCUUGUUAACUUUGCUAAUUGAGGACACCGUUUGGUUGCAGUCCUACUCAUACGUCAGUAACCAGAGGACAUUAUGUCUUUAAAUCAGUCUCUCAAAUGUCUGCCCGCUGUUCUUCAAAAUGGAAUUAUAGGAUGAACUGUUGUUUCUUUUUCUUUUAUUGCUUUCCAUAUUUUCCCUACAGUAUGAGAGCUGAUCGUGUUUGAAUAUCCAGUGUGGUUGCUUAGCAACAACAUCAUUGCCGGGAAAAGCUCUUAAAAGCUUAUUGUUGCACCUGACCCUCAUCUGCUGAUGUGCAACAUAGGUGCAGUAGAUCAUAAUAACGUCAACGUAACAUAAGUAAAAGGUUAGUUCAUGUGAGGAACAUGUUCUGCUGCCUUGCUUUGUGUCCUCAACACCAGAAAAUCUACAGUAACGCAAAACUGAAACACACAUAUGGGUGUGUAAAAAAGGAUUAGGAAAUUUUACGAAUACGAAUACACAAAUACAUCUGCGGUAUGAGGCUAGCAUGUUUGUUUAUCCCUUAUGGUUUAAAAAAAUCAGUGUUAUCAAAUGAUUAUCAUAGGCAGUGACCAAAUGUUUCAAGGGGCACGCCCAUAUAUCUCCAUCAAGUGCUAUGCUAACGCUUUAUAAUCUCAAUUCUUCCUCAAAUUCUUCCAAAAUUCCUCCUUUUCCUUAUUUCUCUACUGUUUAGGACCCUUUUAAAAUAAAUAGAUAUAUUCAGCCAUUUGUUUAUGAACCAUGCAACCAACUUUUACUAUGAUUUGCUACUUCCUAAUUAGCUAGUUAAUUAGCUACUUGCUAAUAAGAGUCAGUUGGUAUUAUGUGGAGGGACAUUCUAUUUGAACAUGUCCACAAGUGCAUUGAAUCAUCAUUUUGAUGUAUUUUUAGCUUCUAAAGCGUACUUUUGUCAACUUUUAUGUGCACUGGUGUGUAGAUGGCCUCAAAGCUAGCACAUGCAGACUAAAAGCUCCAUAACUCAGAGAUUAAAUCACAUCUACUGCUCAAAUUUGAGUCACAAAUAGAUGUUAUAGACAACAAACCUUUCCGUAUCUCUCUUUUGUACCACCUUAAAAGGCAUACACCAACAUUUCCAUUCUACUUAAGAAGCCUGUUGGGGACACCAGCAUCCAAAACUAGCCUUUUGGUAGGUCUAUAUUUCUGAAAUGCACUCUCCCUCAUGUUGUUCCAAACCCGUAUGACUUUCUUUCUCCCAUGGAACACAAAAGAUGUUCAACAGAAUGACUCAGUCACCAUUUGCUUUCAUUGUAUGCAAAAAAAGAUGCAAUAAAAGCGAAUGGUGACUCAGUCCCUAACAUCUCUUUUAGUGUUUCAUGGAAGAGAGAAAAUCAUACGGGUUUGUAACAACAAUAAACAACGACAGAAUUUAAAUUUUUAGGUGUACCAUCCCAUUAACCUGCCCAAAUUCUUACCUGAUAUUUAAAGUUCGCCCGUUUGUGAACUACUGUGUUAGCAGCCGGUUGUUCCUCUCCUCUAUACAUCUUCUCUGCGGCCAGGGAAAUCACAUGACCCUUGUUGCAUUGGCUUAUUCCUCUCAAUCUUUGACAUUGACUCAAUCAAAGACAUUGAAGCCCAGACUAGUGCUGCUUAUUAUUUUAAUUUGAGCAGGAAGCUGUUUAUAAAUCAGAACAGAUAGAAUAUAUUAUGGGCUGUGAAGCAGUUAUCACUAUAGUCUCUUAAUCUAGUGGGGGUCUCUCUCUCCCUCCCUCUCUCUUUCUGUCAUAUAUAUAAUGCCAUGUAUAUAAUCUAAAGAUGUAAAUAUUCUCUAUUUUUUGACUUACCAUUAGCUGAACAGAAUCUGAAACAGAAAGAAGCUUUUUGGAAACUCUGCGUCAUUGUCUUUCCUCUUUAUGGGUGAAUCUCACGAAAAGCAUGUCCUGGUCACAUUUAACUCCAAAAUCAAAAGAGAGGCUAAAAAUCAUGUUUUAGGAUACAGUGAUAAUUCACAUAAAGAUAAUGAAGAUUAUUUCAGGACAGUAUUUUUUACAUUAUUGUCGUGACAAUCAAACAAAUUUUGCUUAUUGCUCUUGAGUUUUAUUUGAUUAUUUUUCUCAAC